GGGCAACAAAAACAACACAGUCAUGAUAUUCACUAAACCCAUAUUUACUGAGAUUUGUGUAGAUAGAAAAAAAUCCGAUAACAGGUUAACCGUACAUUAAGGAAUAACCGGUUAAUUAAUUUAGAAAAACCGGUUAUUUUUGCCCAUCCCUACAUGAGCUUAUUUUACUGUUUCUAGUCUUCUUGGCUGUGCUUCUUGGGGUUUUUACGCGUUUGUUUUGUGGGUUUUUAUAAAUAUGUUUUGUGGUUUUUAUGGAUGAUGGAUGGGGAUAUAUAAAGCAGCUGACAGUAACUGUUAACCUAAAAAAUUGAAAAAUUUCAUGAAAAACAGAAGAAAUGCCAUCCAAAAAGAAAAAGUACAAUGCGCGAUUUCCAGCUGGAAGGAUCAAGAAGAUAAUGCAAACAGAUGAGGAAGUUGGAAAAGUGGCACAAGCUGUACCAGUUAUAAUCUCUCGCACCCUAGAGCUCUUUGUAGAGUCAUUACUGACAAAGUCGAUGCAGAUAACAUUAGCUCGUAACGCGAAGACAUUGACACCUUCCCACAUGAAGCAGUGUAUAUUGUCAGAGAGCCGAUUCGACUUUCUGAAGGACUUGGUGAAGGACAUUCCAGAUGCCAGCAUCCAGGAGGACAAUGAGAACAACCUGCUCUGUGACGAUGCUUCCAAAAUGGGACCCAGCAGGGUAGAGAGCGAAUCUGCUCCCGCACUUGUACCUUCACUUGAAAGAGCGGGCAAUUCCAGAACGUCGAGAAAGGAGAAAAGGGAGGAAAGACGAACUAACGAGAGCAGGGUUGGAGCUGCCCACACUUGUUCUUCCAGUAAAAAGCUGGAUAGAACAUUAGAUAAGCCUACAACGUCUUCUAGCAGUAGUACCAGCACUAGCCGAACUCCCGUAAUCCAAUAUGGACCCAGUGUGGCACAAGCAGAAAGCACCAAGCUCAGUUUCUCAGUAGAAAGUCUACUCAGCCAGCCAUCAAAACCUGACAGUACUGAUAUGCGUCUUACAGUUGCUAUUCCAAGUUGCUCAACUAGCGGUGGAGGUAUAAUCUCAUCUACGCCAAUUCCAGGUGGAAUAACUGUUCCUCCGAUUUCAGGAGGAAUAGUGCCAAGUCACUCUAAUCCUGGCCUAAAUUUGACCACACACUCUUUAGGGGUACCUCCGCCCUUGGUUCCAUUUAUGCAGCCAUACGGGAGUUCCAAUUCGUCGGCUGGAGAUGCCCUUUGUAUAGAUGAAGACUACGAUAAUUAGCGGUCCUUAGAUGAGCGUGCGUGUCACUGUCAUUGUACAUUAGUAAGUUAUAAUUAACGUGAUAAGUCUGCCGAUUUACCUAAAAUAUUCCAGCACAGGGUAAAUUAUAAUACACUUUGAAGCAACAUAACUAUGUAGUCUUGCACUUCGGACAGCAAAAAUGCUCAUAAAAAAAACAUAUAGAAUCAAAAUAAUAACGAUGGUGCAACAAAUACUUGAUCCUAACCCAUUUUGUAUUGUAUUUGAAAGUCGGUCUGCGUUAGUAUUUUAAUUUGAUUUGUGUACUCUUAUCAUUUUCAACUGACGGAAAGUGCGAGAUCUUUGGAGAUACUUUCAUUUUAUCAAAUAAGUUAUGCCCAGCUUUUCAAUGGCAGGGUAACUAACAAAUUGCGAUGUCCUUACUUAUAGGUAGUCUUUUGUAUUAUGGAAAAUAUAGUAAUGCUUUUAUAAGAGAAAACAUAUGCUAGCAUUUGCGUGCCCUGAAACACAGUAAAAUACUUAACUCAAGUUUAACCUCACUUUAUGUAUUUUUCUUUUCAUUUAAAGUAAUCAGCAUAUUAGAUCCAACAAUUUAUCUACAGAAUGCAGUUUAUGCCAAAACUCGUUAAAAGAAAAAGACGUUCCUUAAAGUAGUUUUGCAUUCUUUGAUUAUAUUUCUUUUUAUGGUAUAAUUUGGCAGACGUCUGAACCAAUCUGCUGACAAUGAUAAAGUGCAUUAAGAUAGUCACGGGGGUACUUGCAUUCUUCAAGGUGAUUUAGGACCGUAUCGUCAAUUCAUUGCCUUUAUGGCCUCCUUGAUUUUCAUAGCUUUCUACUGUUCCAUGUCAGCGCUCUAUUUUGAGGUUAUGUUACAAAUAUCUGUUUGCAUCAAAUUUUUGAUUUAUAUCAUCUGCUAUAUUAGCCUAAAAUUUCUUACAGUCCGAAAGCAAAACAUAGACUCACAAAAGGAGACUGCUGACGCUGACACGGAACAGUAGAAUUCUAGAAAUACACCAGCCUUUCAGAAGGAGAGAAAAUACUAUGAGAAUCAAGGAGGCCAUAAAGGCGUCCUACAUUUGUAGGAACGACUGACGAUACGGCUGCUAAAUAAGAAUUUUCUCUCUGUAGGCAGCCCUUUUUCUGUUAGCAGAAUUCUUCAUUUGAACCAUGUAUUUACUGGAUUAGAUAAGAUCUAGAAUAGGAUCUGGACCUAGUACAUAAUCUGUACCGGAAUCAAAACAAAACUUUUUAACGUGGCAUGUGCGCUUUUGCUGUCCGACGUCAUUAAUAUCGAUAUUACUUUUAGGAGUCCAUUAAAUGUACAUACAUAUUUAUUGUUACAUGUACACUUUGAAUGUGAUAUUGCGCAUUAUUGAUUUAUGUGACAAUAACUGUUCAUCUAAGCGUUCAUAUAGAAUUAUUUGGUCCAUAAAAUGUGAUACAACUUUCUCCUUUUUCUAGUGUUCAAUGUCUCACCGCAUUUUAUGUGAUUAGAUAUUGUAGUUAUUUCGUGUAUUUAUAUUGCUAGAACGUAAAUAACCAAAAAUAGUCUUUUUGUACUCAUUAGUAUUUUUCACCACACAAAACUCACAAACACAGCAGUACGAGAGAUGUCUUAUUCCUAAUUUCUUAUUUUUGGGAUUAUUGAUGAAUUUGUUAGCCUUUUAGAUAUUGUUACAGUUACCUACUAAAAAUUAACUAUAUAUUGAUGAAGUAAAUUAUUACGUUGUUCUUAUUUAGAAUAUACGAGAGCUGAAAGUGACUUGCUGCUAUUUCCGGUGUUCUCGUGUAGGAGUUCAGCGGCCCACAACCUUCGUUAGUGAAAUAAUUUCACACCCAGUGCUGCGUUUUUCCGGGUUGUGGAGAUUGAUAGGAAUCGGUCUCCUUCAGUGACAGUUCCCCUCUAUGCUCUACACUGACGUGAGUCCUACUUCAAGAUCGCCACGGUCUAUCAAUGCAAACAGUUGCCUCCUAUAGAAUUAGAAAUCAUGUUGAGAAAAUGAACACGCGGCUUGGAGAAAAUGGUCACUUACCAGCCUGAUGGUUUAGCGUAGCUGUGACAACGGCUAAAUCCCCGAGAGGGCCCCGACAACAAAAUUCACCAAAGCAGGCCGAUUUCUAUCAAAGUCUCCACAACCCGGAAAAUGCCCAGAACUGGGUGUGAAAUUAAUUCACUAACAAAGGUUGUGGGCCGCUGAACUUCUACAAGAGAGCGCCGGAAAUAGCACAAAUAGCAAAGUCACCUUUAGCUGGCGUAUUUACGGUCGACAGAAAUGAUAAAAAAUGACAUUCAAAGAGAUGGAGACUAGAGUACGAUUUUCUACCAUAAAAUUAUUACCAAGAUAAGUGUUUUGUCAUAAAAAUAAACUCGUUUUUUUAACAAUUAGAAAAUUAUUAUUCUAAAUAAGAAAAGCGUAAUAAUUUACUUUAUCAAGAAAUAGUUAAUUUUUAGUCCACCAUAAAAAUAAACUGUAACAAGAUAUAAAAUCAUCAAAUCAUUCUUUGAAAGAUCCUGAUGACAAAACCUUUUUACAGAAGUACAAUACGUAACAUAUUUAAAAUAAUGUAAAAGGGCUGCAAAAUAAUUUCUGGAACGAGUAUUAUGUAAAAUAUAACAAUCGCAUGUUGUCAAUGAAGAACAUUAUUUGGUGUGUUUAUAUCUCCCUCUUGUACCAGCUCCAGUUUUGAAAACCGUGAUUCACACUUUCCUUUAUUAACGACAUUUCAUAUAAACAUAUAUUAAUAGUAUUUAAGUAUUGUUUAAGAACACUUCAUUGCCUCAUGUGACUGAAUCGAAUUUAAUCAAGUCUUGCACAGUGCAUUUUGAAUAUUUUAUAUUACAGACACAUUUUUUUGUAACCUGUUAACAAAGAGUAGUUAUAUACAGAGAAUACAGCUAAUGAUUCUUCUCAUUUAUUAUCAUUAUAAUAUUUUGGUAUUCCCUCCGAGAUUAACAUUCUGACUCAUAUUGAAUAUUUGAAGAGUACAUGAGUAGCAGCCACUGAUGAUCUUGAAUCUCUCAAUCAGGUCGCCUCGCAAUCUUCGCUCAGCGAGUGCUGUCAAAUUCAUUUCCCUUAAACGUUUUUCAUAUGGCAAAAGUCGAAUCUCUGGUGGAAUUCGCGUUUUUUACGUUGCAAUAUUUCCAGUACUUCGAUAUGUCUUUGACAAAAUGAGGACUCGAUGCUCUGUGUGUAUGUUCCAGUUUUGGUCAAAUUUACAUCUUGUAUAGCUUUUCUAUCAUAGCAGAAUGGUUUUUAAAAUCUUAUUCAGUCAAAUAUAUGAGUGAAAUCUGAAAUUAAAUGUUAAAACUAGUCAAAUAUUUCGUAUUUUGAUGCUAAACUGCAAAUUUGCCGAGUUUGCUGUUUAGCAUCAAAAGAAAACAGACGAAAAUAUUUUUACAAUCGACUUCCCUGCUAUAAUGCAGAUGACGUGUCUUCUCUUGAUAUAACCACACUUUGCUGUUAAGUAAAGAGAGGAAGGGGGAGAAUAAACAGUUUUAUAUUUGCCUAAUUUUCAGUGUUCUCAUGCGGUUAGAUUUAAAUAAAAUAAACGUCAAUAGAAUAUUUUUGUUUUAUAAAAUAUAUUCAAGCGAUAGUAAUUAAAACAUAAAAACAUGGUCGAUGUUCGGUGGGCUAAUUUUCUGUCGUGAAAUGGUGUGGUUCAGAACAACUAGAACUGUUCCAACAUUUAUCAAAUUCUCCUUGUUUUGAGGAGUGGUGUCCUUGAUGUAUAUUCAAUGACCAUGAACCAAUAUUUGUGUACCAUAAUUGUCCUGAAAAUCAUUCAUUCGUUAAACGAAACACUCUAGAAUCAUCACUUUCUGAGUUUUGUGUUUUAGUUUUAAUCCAUCCCCAUAUUGUUUCUAUGUUUACAAGAACCAAAGUCAGAAUGCUGUUAUUAUACCAUAUUCGUUCAUUACUUUGUAAAUAAUCACUUAUACAAUGAAAAACGCCAAUAUUAAUUUUAUUCAGUGGGAUUAGAUGCAGCUUUUGGUAGUGCAUUUCAUGACCAUCUUAUUAAAAAAUGUCAAUAUUGCAAUCAAUCUCUUAUAUCCGUUUUACAUCGAUAAUUUCUUCACUAAUUUAUUCAAAUGGAUUUCUUCAUCGUCAUCCUAUGUUUUGCGGUGCUUAUAUCAGUGGACAAAUUAAGGGAUUAUCUGUCAGUACUCAGUGCUGCCAACAAAUUCUUGCUAGAAACAUUUUGAGCUUUUAUAUAAACAGGAACCAAUUGUUAAAUAUUGUUGUUUUACCAAAGUUAUCAUUUAUGCUUAAAUUGAAAAGUUGUUCAGUAUAAUGGAAAGAAAAGUAAGUCCAACUUAGUAAAAAUUAGAACAAGUUCUGAUUUUGUGAAGAAAUUAUCGAACUUUAUGGAUUUAAUUGACGCCAAACUCCUGUUCUACAGUUUUGAAAUUUUCACCAUUAUUUCCACCGCCAUCGGCCAUAUGACGUUGACGUUUGUGCAUAUGUCAUGUAUGAGAGGCCGGAUUGGAGAUUCUUAAUAAGUAUAAAACAAAAAAUAACAAUAGUAAGCUAAAAAACAAUAAAUUGUCAAUACUUAUAAAAAAUAAAAAGUAGUAAAUCAAAAAAAAACUAUUCCAUGUAAUUAUAUAAAACAAAUAACAAACAGUGAAAUACAAAGGAUUUUUUUAUAAUUAAAUGGAAUUGUUUUUUAUUUUACUACUGUAUUUACUUUUUGUUUUUUGUUAUCACUCAGAAUAGGUUUCUAUUUUACUGUUUAAUUUUUGUCUUUUAUAAUUACAUGGUAUUGUUUUUUUACUUUACCACUGUUUUUAUUUUAUGUUUUUUAUAAUUAUUUACAAUUCAUUGUGUUAGCUUACUACUUUUAUUUUUUGUUUUAUACUUAUUAAGAACCGCUUUUUAUUUUGCUAUUGUUUCAGUUUUUCCUUUUUGUGUUUCAUUGAUUAAUAUAAAUGUUCAUAUAUAGAUUUUCCACUUUUCAUUUUCCCUAAAUGCGGAGGUUAAUCCGGCAACACCGCAGACAAGCGCCUGUCAUAUAUGACAUAUGCACAGACGUCAACGUCGUCAUAUGGCAGAUGGCGGUGUGAAUAAUGGUAGAAAUGACUGCUAAAAAUACGUCUUUUGGGGAAAAAAUGCAUGAAAAGCGUGCUUCAUCCACACUUUUUUUUUUAAAUAAUCAAUCAGACUACCCUCUAGAAGUUUCAAGUGAAAAAACAGUGAAAUCCGAAGUUCUACAAGACGCAACAGUACCCGACAACCCAUAAUAUGAGCACUAUGGUUUAGCUUACAAUUAUUGUAGCUAAAAUAACUGCCUGUUAUGUGUUCACGGUUCAAAAGUGCACACGGAUCAAGAGGAAGGGAGGAGACUUAGCUUGGUGCAAGAAGACUAGAGAUGGGAGGUUACUCUGCGUAAGGGAUGCACGUAUUCGUAUAAAGCCAAUUCUGUCGCCGAGGAGGGCGUGGCUAUCGAAAAUCUAGUGCGUGUAAAACAUGGCGUCGAGCGCCUGCUUCAUGAUGACAUCAAUAAAGAGAGAUGUCACAUGCGCAGAACUUGAAAUUCUUACUUAAGAAUUGACACUUCUAGCGUCACCUCCACUCUACGAGUUUAACUUAGUUUAACUAGACGAUGCUUAACAUCCGGCUAUUUCUUUUUCUUGCUGACUUCAUUGUCAGAUCGCUUCCCUUCCUCUCAGUGACCGUGCACCAUAAUACUUCAUAUAUACGUCGAAGCAAAAAUAUUUUUUUCUUGCAUUUUUUAAGCUAUAUUUUCUUCACCAUUUUAAAACCCAUUUCUAUGAAAAGUUUGUAUUACUUUAUGAUACUUUAUACUCGUUUACUCUCACUUUGGUUUUUGUUCCAAGGAAAAUAUCAAAUGCAUACAAAUUAUUCCUUACGUAUUAUUAUAUCAUCUGAUCGAAAAAAAAUUGAGCAAUAAUUGUUGAGUGUUGUUUUCUGAUGUCCAGAUAAAUUUAGAAUAUAUUUGUCAUACCUUCAAUGUAAAAAUAAAUGAAUAAAUGUAUACUUG